AUGUCGGUUGGUCGAAAGGUAUUCCACUGUGUUGUUGAUGACACAUCUCUUACCACCAACCUCGGAGAAAUCAAGAAGUGGACUUCGCAGGAUGCUAUUGCUCUCAUCGUGCCGUUAUACACCCUCGAGCGCCUCCAUGUUUUGAAAAAGGGUGGCUCCCAGAGUGGUAUUAACGCGCGCGAGGCCGUCCGUUUUCUUGAUCGUGUCACGUCUGGAAAGCAUAACAUCUCGGCUGACAAAGUGACACUCCAAGGCCCUAUGGAACAGUUUGCAACAUGGGGAGAUGCUGAGAAAUAUAUUCUUCCUGAAUUCAAGGAGGAGGCCCCAACUACUCCAGUUCAUGAUGCCGUUGAUUCCGUCACGAAGGAAGAGAAGCCCCCAGCGGGAGACAUCCAACCCGAAGCUGCUAGCCCUCAUGAUCUGAACGACAUGUCACAAAUGCUUUUGAGCAAAUUGAACUUCAAGAAGGAGAAACAACCCAGCUCUGCCUCUGCUGCCUCUGCGGGAACUUCCAGCGCUCCAGCAUCACCUACCUCUGGUGGUUCCCGUGCGAGCCCCGAAUGCUCGUCCCGUCAACUGGAAGACAAUGGGGACUCGGGUGAAGCAGUCACUGGCAGUGAUGAAGACACUGAUAACAGCGUAAAAUACGUUGCUCCGGCUGUUCCUCACGUCUUGAAGCCGCUAUUGAACGCUGUGUUAUGGCGGUUGCAUGCCCUCCCUACCAUAGCUACCCAACAGUCUAGCUGCAUCCUUGUUACAAAUGACAGAGAGACCCAGGCCUGGGCCCAGAAAUUCGGUAUCAUUGUGAAGAAUGUUGCUCAGCUUCGUACGUCCAUCAUCUACGAGGAUAAAGAGUUCAAAAAUCACUGCAAAUACCUGGAAAAGAACCAGAGCCAGAGCCUGAGUCAAGUUCAGGCUGAGCCAAAGCCAUUGCUCUCCUACGAGGAUGAAAGUGACGAAGAUGUCUUGGUUUUCGUGCCACGAAAGCAAGGCAAAGCUGGACAGCAGACGCCAGCACGAACUCCUACCAAAAAUACGCCGGGUCGUGGCAACAGAAUGGCUAACGGCAAUGCAAACGGCAGCGGAAGACCAAGAGCCCCUUCAAUCGCUGCUGAAGCUCCGCUUGAAGUUCCUUCAACCCCAAUCGACCCUGACUCUUUUAGCCGCAGUAUCGGAAUGACCAAACAAAACGUCUGCCUGAAUGCCAAUCCCUCUCCAACACCAGCCAACCGCGGCUUAUCUAACCCAAACUCUCGACAAAAUGGGAAUCGCCGUGGCGGACAGCGUGGGGGAGCAUUCAGGGGAGCCGCCCGAGGGCGUGGAAAACUCUGGGUUCCGUGA